AUGGAUAAAAAUAAAAUGGCCCCACCGUCUAAAAAUAUAAGACCCAAACGACCUUCAACCGUGUCAACAGCGUCUACAUCGCGUAAAGUAUUACCGAGUAAAGAUAAAAAUACGAACGAACUUAGAGCUAAAGUGAACAAAAAUGCCACAAUUAUCGGCGACGGAGAUUUAACAAUGUGUAAAACUGAUGCCAUGCCCAAUUUCGAUGCUGAAUACAGACAGGUAGCGUAUGGAAAAUUUUUACGCGCCUUAUUAGAAGACUGUCUAGUCGAAGAGAAGAUUGAGAGAGAAGAAACGCAAAUGGACAUCCAGAUGGCUCAGCUGGCUGAUAGGUUCCAGAAGACUAUGGAUCAGCUCGAUAAAACCAAUCGGAGACUUAAAGAUAUCAGCUUCGUCGUGGAACAGAAAAGACUUCUAGAUCUCAAGAAUCAGGAUUCGAACACAUUCUACAACAUCACCGAUGAUUCUAAGAUAGAGGAAUCUCUGAAUGAUCUCAAAAUGACAGAAGAAGCUUGUCUCGAUAGACUUGAAACUAAAAACGUUGAUUUCGGCUACAACAAAGACUCGGGACACAAACAACUUCUGGAUGCAGUCAACGACGCCAUCGACGGCCUGGAACAGAUAAAGAAACAUUCGAAUCUAGAUAUAAACAAAUUCAAAGAGUAUGAAAAAUCACAUAAAGGUCUAAAUCAAUUGGAAAAAGAUAGAUUUGAUUUAGAGAGUCUCAAAUCUGAAUUUGAGACCAAAUUUCCUAAAUUCAGCGAGAAAUUAUUGAAAGAUAUAUCGGAGAAAAUAGAUACUAUUAUGAAUGAUAAUGAAGAUGCAGACUAA